UUUUCUGAAGUUUUUGUAAAUUUUUUCGGUGAUAAUUUUAAUUUGAAUGUCCUGACAUUUUAAAAGCGCAGUUAUCUACAUUUAUUAUUUUACUACGUACCAAUUAUACCCAUGGAGAUCAGACCAAGAUUUCUGCAUGCCGCCAUGUUAUUAUUUCAUUGCAUACGGCUCUUUCGUCGUUUCGUAGUUGCUGCUGGGAUUGAAAUCAAAUUACCGCGCCGUGUAAAGUGUUAUAAAUGUGGGUUGGUGUCAUGGUAGUUGUAAAUGGACAGUGUGUUUGUUAGAGCAGUAUUAGUGGUGCCAACAUAUGUGCAAUCAUGACUCGUUGCACCAUGAUGGGACAUCAGCUGAUGACGGUGUGCGUGUUUUGUGUCCUGUGCACCAGCCGUUCACAGUGCUCGUUACACAGUUCCAGUUGGUCUCACAGACAGAACAAACUUGUCGCCGGCUCGAAAGACCUAAACCCUCUGAAGCCCCCGGCCGCCGGCCUGCCGCCGGUGGUCGCCAGCAGGGGUCGCCGCGAGGCGCACCUCCCCACGGAUCUGGCAGGCCCCGGGGAGUCCUACUUCAUCAGGAAAGUGUUUGAGAAGUUUGGCGACGGUGAGACGAUGACUCUGAGAGGCUUCGAGCAGCUGUUGAGGAGCAUGGGACUGGAGCAGCUCGCCGCGAAGGGUGCGGUGGGCCGGACUGAUAGUGUGGAGGGGGUGUUGCUCGUGAACUCUGCUAGUGACAAGAGCAAUGCGACUGUGCCAAAAGCAAGAGUGGGUAUAGUUACUGUGCCAGCUACAGAGUCUUCCAAUGGUUCCUCAAAAUCAAAGUGUCUGAACAGUCAUGACCUGUUUUCAUCCUUCUCCGGCUCGCUGCAGAAGGGGGAAACCUCCAUGGAUGUACUCUCUCCGUCUAGUUUCUCGCUGCUCUGCCCCAGUCUGCUGUAUCAGCUUGUGGCGGCCAGUAAGAUGGAGAGGCUAGCAGGCUGCAUAGACGGGCCUUUCUACCAUGCUCAAGUAGAAGUUGUGAAAAUGGCAAUAGAUACUGAUUUGAAAUCAGUGUGGCUGUACUCUUCGCUGAGCAUCCUGGGCAUCAGCCUGUGCGGCCUGCUGGGGGUGGUGGUGAUACCGUUCAUGCAGAAGGCAUUCUACCAGAAGAUGCUGCAGUUCCUGGUGGCCCUGGCCAUCGGCACGCUGUGCGGCGACGCCCUGCUGCACCUUCUGCCCCACGCCAUGGGAGGUGAAUCUCACGGCCACUCCGACGCCCACGAGCACUCGAGCAGCCACGACCUCAACAUGUGGAAGGGCCUGGCAGCAGCCCUGGGUGUGGUGUUCUUCUUCGUCACGGAAAAGUGCCUCACGCUGCUGGCCGAAUGGAGGAAGGGCGUCCAGAAGAAGAGGAAGGCUCCUCAUUCACAUGUGCAUGUGAUGCGUGAUGAUGGAGUGGGCAAUGGGGUUGUUGGAGAAAAACUUUGCAAACACAAGUACAGCUCGUACCCCUACUGCUAUGGCGAGAUUACAGACACGCCGGAAGAGAGCCACAUGCUGGAGAAGAGCGGCUUGCAGGACCACAACAACCACAACCACAACCACAACAGCGUGGCGGCGGAGGGAGGGGACUGCACGAAGGGGACCUGCUGCGACGGCAAGGCGGAGAGCGAGCCCGGCGACGCAAGCGGGUUGCCGGGCGACGCGGAGAGCUACACCGUCAUCAUCCGGGAGCACGAGAACCACCACCACGGCCACUCUCACACGCACGGCCACGUGCACGCGCCGCCUCACAACAUGUCCUCCGUGGCCUGGAUGGUGAUCAUGGGCGACGGGCUGCACAACUUCACCGACGGCAUGGCCAUUGGCGCAGCCUUCGCAGCCAACAUAGCGGGCGGAUUCUCCACCUCCAUCGCCGUCUUCUGCCAUGAGCUACCCCACGAGAUCGGAGAUUUUGCUGUACUGCUGAAAGCUGGGAUGAGUGCAAGACAGGCCAUUUUCUACAACAUGUUGUCUUCCAUCCUUUGCCUCUUCGGAAUGAUCCUGGGCAUAUUCCUGGGGACAACUGAGACGGCAUCUGAGUGGAUAUUUUCAGUUGUGGCUGGCAUGUUCCUCUACAUAGCACUUGUUGACAUGAUUCCAGAGCUGACGACGAAUCAUUCGAAGGAAGGAGGCUCCAUGUUCCAACUGGUAUUGCAGUUCCUUGGCCUGAGUUUAGGGAUAGGCCUGAUGUUGCUGAUAGCGAACUACGAGCAUGACUUGAAAACUGUGUUCGUUCACUAGUGAUCAGAAAAAUGUGUUUCCUAUUCUUCUUAAUGCUAUAACUUUUAGUACUGGUGUUGCCUACAUUUCAGACAUGAAUUGUUCCCUGGGAUAAGUAAAGGGUAAGAAAGCUGUGUGUAUGUGUGUGUCUUGACUGGUAUAUUUCAGUUUAAAUGAAAUUUUCAUUGAAGGCAGGUGGUGUUCAUGAAUAAAAUGAAACCUCAUAUUUUAUUUAUUUAAAGGCUACUAUACAAAACAAAGUAUAACUUAUAAUCUGACUGCAACCAAGAACUGUCUACUUUAAGCUAGCAAUUUUUUUAAAGUAGCCACUGCAGUAAUAAAAUUCUGGCUCCAUAAGGACCAUUAUUAUUUUUGUAGCAAUAAUUUUUAAAUUUUUACUUAUGUUUUGAAGCAAAUUAUUGUCAUUAUAAUAUUUAUAUAUAAGGCUGGAGAAUCUUAAAACAGACUUGAAAUUGCUCCAUCGAGGUACUGUUAAAUGUACCACCCAAAUAACUGACAAAUGAAUUUUUUAUACCAGUUUACAGUACGUAUUCAUCUCCAUUAUUGUGUUCUGUUUGUAUAGUUCUGAAUCAGUGAAACCCUGUGGUGAUUACUUCUAAAGGAACUUCACUAUAGCUAAGUUCAUGGCAGAAUAGUAAAUCAUUUUUGUUGAAAAUAAAAAACUUUAGUAAUUUUUAUCUGAAAAACUAGUCAACUUCAAAUUUUAAAUGUGAAUCUUAUAAUUUUUUUUUUUUUUUAGCAUUUCCAAGUACAAAUGUAUCCUAGGUAAUGUAUACAAAAUUUUAAAUUGGUCAUAAAAAAAUGAAGUUUUUACAGAAAUUUAAGUUAGUCGAAAUUAAUUAUUUUUAACAAAUCUACAUUUGAUGUAAAUGCAUUUUCUAGGAAAUUCCACUUUAAUGUAUUCAAAUACAUAGCAAAUAACAAUCUUAUACACAUAUACAGUAAACCUCAAUAAUAAAAUUCUGAAGGAACCGUAAUUUUGUCAUUUAGCAAUAGUGAGGUUUGUAUUAACCAGACCAUCACAUUUUCUCAAAAUUUAAAUGUAAUCUCUUAAUAAAAUUUAAAUAAAUUUAGUAAUUUUUUUUCUCAUUUAGUACAUCCGUAACACCUAAAAAUAUAGAAUAUGCUUCAAGAAAACUUGCACACAAUUUGAUUCAGAACCAAGUGUAUUUUUUUAGGUAUUGUAAAGAAAUAUUUUAGAAUGGCUACACUUGUGCCUUAUAAAAUAUUAUUGUACUAAUUUUUUUAAAGGAUUUAAGACAGUAGUAAAAGAAAGGUUUGGAAAAAAAACAUUCCAUUAUUUUGAGAGAAUUAUGUAAUUUCUAAACUUUUUUCCCCAACCUACACUGAACCAAAGCAAUGGAAUCAGUAUUAUUUUAGCUGAAACUUCACAUUGUUUCUUUACCUUUUUCUGGGAUAAUUCUACUAACUAACCAUCCUUUCCUACUUAUUUAUGCUUGUAACAAAAAACUUUGUAUUACAUAGUAACUUGUUAUUGCACCAUGGGGGAGGGGUGGUAUUUAUUUUUAAUAAAGAAUAACGUUAUGCCUAGAGCACCAUCCCAUGUAUACCUGGUCAUGUGGGCCCAGCAACUCUUGUCUCAGGGCAGUGAGACUUCUACCCCCGAUAUAAGGUUAAAAACACUUAAAUACGUCUACCCUCGGUGGGGGACGUGCUAUCUUAAUUAAAUUUGCCGAAUGGCUGCAAACAAUAACAUCAGUUAACCGAGUUAUUUAAAACAAACUAAAUAUGUAAAUAUGGUCCGCUUCGGGGUUGUUCGACAUAGCUCAACAUCGCUGGAGUCAUUGAUAACUUAUUAUGAUACAAGUAAAUAAAAGACCAUCUUAAGUGGUAACUUGGGUCUGCUUUGGAUGGGGAAAUAAAAUAAGUUACAGUCAAUUAGGAAGGCACACUUAAGGGAGCAAAGCACUGAUCUCACGCACAUUGGCGUGGGAUCAAAACUCACACGGGACACUUUAGCACCGAGAAGGGAAAGGGGUGAGAAGCAGCAGCGGUGGUUGAUGGCUCACACAGGGUCAGGUGCGUAGCACUUGGUCAACGUCAACCUGUUCUCUUGUAUUAAACAAAAUUCUUACCUCUAUAACCCCAAUGUAAUUUCUAAGGACCAUAGGCGUGCGCAGGACUUCAGUAUUGGUGGUGCCAGAUUACACAACAGCCCUGUCAUUCACGUACCCCGAGCCUAAAGCGGGGGGUUCGGGGGUCCUCCCCCGGAAAAUUUUUGAUUUGAAAGCGCAAAAUGGUGCUAUUUAAGGUGUUUCCGAACAAAAACAUUAAAUACACAAAUGUAAAAAUUUUAACAUAUUUUAUGACAAAUUAUGGCUUUGAACGUUAUAAUCACCAGGAAAACUACUAAUAUUUUACAGUUUUAAGCUUUGUUGAGCCAUAAAGUAAAUAGCACAAAUUGUUUGCACGGAAUUCAUGCUGGUGGCUUUGAAAUACCGUACAUGCAUGUUUUCUGAAGAUGCCAAAUAAAUGCUAGAAAAAGCAUUCUGAAAUGUUAAGUUUUAAAAUCAACGAAUCAAGGGAGUUUUUGUAACAUACCUUAAAUAUGUAAAAUAUUAAAAUAAUAAAAAUACACAAAUAAGAGUGGGCAAAAGUUUUAACUUUUGGAAUACAACAAAAAUGUUUUGUCGGCGACUGCAUAUAAGUCAUCGAGUAAGCCUAUCCUUUUAACUAACUAAACUCUCUCUCUUUUUUUAAAUAAACCCUGGCGGACGGCGGCUAUUAUUCCGUGCGCCUGCCGAGUGGAGUGAACAGUGGACACAGAGCGCUCAUUCUAUGUAAUUCGAGGAUAACUAUGAGAAGUAUUUACAUUUCAGAAGUUUCGUAGCCGCGGCCCGCAUGUAGAACACAAGUAAUUGCACCUGGCUUGUUUCUGUGUGUAUAGUUGGUUCGAUUGAUAAUUGAUAUACUGAUAGUGUUAUGAGCACAUAUCUGUAACUCGACACGAUUGGAAAACAUAUUUUUUUUGGAAAUCAUACAGAUUUUUGUACGUAUGUAUUAUUUCUGCUUGUAAAAAAUAAAAUAACGUUAACCCUAAUGGUGGUGCCAAGGCACCUGUGGCACCUACCGUGCGCACGCCUAUGCUAAGGACUGUGGAAACACUUUGUAUAAAUGAGAGUUUUGUAUGAACAGGGUUUUUAUUAGUGAGGUUUGACUGUAUGUAGUAUAAACUUGUAUAGAAUUUUCUGAAGUAAUAUUCUUUUUAUGAUAAUUUUAAAUUAGUAUAAGCAAUGAUUGGCUUGGAAUUUUUUUCUGGAAAAAAAAAGUAUCAUAGUUUGUCAAAUUUGCAGAUUAAAAUUUACAUGGUGCUGCAAAAAUUGGGUGUUGUUUUCUAACUUAUCAUUUACAUUGUUUCAAACAUAUUUAUCGAUUAUGAAAAAGCUGACCAGUGACCAUUUGACUAUUUAAAAAAGCUGCCUAUUUUUCCCUCAAAAAUUUUUACCUACUUGGUACCAUAAUUAAAACAUCCCUACAGUGGCCGAUUUCUCUGAAACUUGGCCUAUUGACCCUAAAGGUGUUAAUCUAGGAAUUAUGGUACUCUUCAGUGCUAUUUUCAUACUAAAAAUUAAUAAUAAAUUAAUGCAUCAGAGAAGAAUAUACGUGUUAAUGUUUAUUUACAUUACCAAUUCUUAAAAUACUUUAUUGUGUGCUAUUAAUAAAAUUUAAAGGAUCUUGCCCUUCAUAACAUUGUGACAUUGUGAACUGUAUAUGUAACCAUUGCACUUAUGUUUGUAUUGUAAAUUGAGUUGUGCAUCAUCAGUGGUUAGUACAGUAUUUUUUUGCUCUGGGUUACUUAAAAAAAAAGUGAAAGAGAAAUGUUGUAUUUAUUGUAGCUUGUAAAAUUUCUGCAAACUUGGACUGUUGCUUCCAUGAAUGCAUUGCGCUUUAUUGUGAAAGAUGUUUUGCCUGGUUUUGCAACAUUCUACAAGCAGCUUAACCAAAUGACUGAUUAGAUUAGUAACUAUCACUGUUUUGUUUGUUAGGUGCGGAGAAUUUGUCUUAAAAUUUUGUAUAUUCUUUGUAAAGUCUAUACCUUAUUAAGCAUAAACAUAUUAACUACUGCAUGAAUAAAAUGUUUUGAGUUAUUUUGUAAGUUGCGAAAGCGUUUUAUGUGUUUUUGUGUUAUUGGAAUGGAUUUAGAUAUGCGUGUUAUUUGGAAUAAGUUUCUGAAGUUUAAAAACUGACUGCUUCUAUCUUGGUCUUGUGCUUGGCAGUUUCUCGUUAUUAUCGUAGUUGAACAUCCAUUAUAUGUAAAUAAAUUUUAUACCAGCAAAAGUUUGAACUAUUUUUUGGAUAUUUUAAUAUUUUGAUGUGUUGAAUACCUUGACAGAUUUGCGUUGCAUCAUUCAGUAAUUUUAAUUUUUUAGCAUUUAUUGUACUUACCACACUGUAUAUCUUUGUGUAAUUUUUUUUAAAAGAAAUACAGAGCAAAAUUAGAAGAGAAAAAA